GACGCCACAGAAAUACUGGUACCCGACGACUUCGCCUGCAGUCUUUCCUCCGACUGGUGCUAUCAUCUAAUUGAAUUGAUUAACCUGCUUAAGAAAGUCUUCGAUGUUCUUUGUGCUGUUUUUGAAAGCAUGUUUUUGUGGCAGCUGCCUGACGAUGUCCUCUAUCACAUCUUGUCUUAUUUGGACCGGAAGACACUCAGUCGUCUCUCUCAGGUGUCCAAAGCCGUUUUUCAUGUCGUCAGCCGUGACAUAGUAUGGAAGAAGAUGGCAAAAGACAUGCUAAACACCGGAAUCACUCCAAAUGGAACUGACCUUUAUCCUGACAUCUUGCUGAAAGAGAGAGUCAAGCGUUCUCUAAACUGGUGUGCUGGAGUCUGUCGAAGGGAUACUCCUCUGAGAUGGAAGACAAAAUUGCUGCCGUGGUUACAGCUGGAUGGGGACACACUAUUUUUGUCUCAGGCGGCGGACAUCCGAGCCUACCGUCUGCAGCAGAACUGCAGGAGGAUCCAGCGUAAACCUGUUCACGUAUACUCUGGCCACCGAGCGGACGUCUGCAGAUUUGUUUUGACUGACUCUCACCUGAUCAGCGGGGGGAGUGACGGGAAGAUUGUGGUCCACAGUAGGAGGAGUCACACAUCAAUGCAGCUAUCAGGUCAUAAUCAGGAAAUCAACUGUAUUGACUCAAAAGAUGGACUCAUCGUCACUGGAUCCAGAGAUCAAACCACCCAGAUCUGGUCACUGGCGUCUUGCAGCCCAAGAGACGUAAUUCCCUUGUAUGACAGAGUCUGGUCUGUAGCAAUUAAUCCUGCACUCAGCUCCUUCGUAACCGGCACUGCAUGCUGUGAGAACUCCACCCCUCUUCGCGUCUGGGAUGUUGAACGGUUGGAGUGUGUCUGCUCGCUGGGUUCAGAGUUCCGCAGAGGGGCAGGUGUGUUGGAUAUGGUGUUUGAGACGCCAUUUCACCUUCUCACCUGCGGCUAUGACACCUUUAUUCGACUCUGGGACCUUCGCCAAAGUCCACAGAAGUAUGUCAUGGAGUGGGAGGAACCUCACGACAGCGCCUUGUACUGCAUCCAGACAGACGGAAAUCACAUGAUAGCCAGUGGCUCCUCCUACUAUGGUGUCGUUCGACUCUGGGACAAAAGAAGGACUGAAUGCUUACAGUUCUUCCAGUUGGGCACAGAGUCAGUGAGUAGUCCCGUGUACUCCCUGCAGUUCAGCAGCUCUCACCUGUACGCAGCACUGGCCACGGCGCUCCACUCCUUGGACUUCACACAAAACAUCAGCAUCAGCAUCACGUGACACAUGCCAACUGCCGAGAAUUGUAAAAAGAACACAUAAAAAGAUGUAUUUUUAUACGUUCAAUGAGGACUUUGCUUUUCUUUUGUAGAGCUACGGUAUAUAGAGAUAUCUUCAAUGACAUCCUUUCAAAAUGAGCUUGUUUACAUUUUUGUACACAUUCAAACCUCGCAUGCAUGGGAUUAUACAGGGAAAAAUAUUUUAUUAAAAGCCUUUUAGCACACAACGCAACCACAAUGAAAUAUCAAUGUUCUACAAGCAAUAAACAUAUACCUUUCCCUUUAAUAUACAACUUGGAACAAAGCAGCUGGAGGCCAUGAGGAUGCCUUAUUCCGGUGACGUGUGCUGCGUUCACUGGAUGUUGGAAUCCUCAUGUUUAGUUGUUGGAGCAGAGAUCCUCAGUCCACACUGUGUCGCAUUAGUAAAUACUUGCAGCCAGACGGAACGAAAAGGGUGCAAUACACAGGACAAACCUACGUGUGGCGCUGUAAACACACAGACAGAACCACGUGACACCAAACUAUAGAAGUUGGAAGAACGCAUGCGUAAAUAGAAAGCCUCUCUUCCGCGUUCCAGGGCUCAUCUAGACUUAAGAGAAGUGGAAUUACUUCUACUGUUCAUUGUGAAGUAGAAGAUAAAUAAUCAGUUCGGCUGGUCGGACGUUGCCGGCCAGCCGUGAGACCGGUGGAACAAUCCCGGAUGGAGCUCCGAUGAACGGCAUUGUGUAACAUGAGAACAAUCGGGCUCCUCUCUUUCGUCCUGUUCGGUGAAGCUGAAAAGCUAGAAAAGCUUUCGGCUUUCACUGCAAGUCAGCCUUGAGCUUGACGAUCGAAUAUCACUUGUUGAACUUGUCUCUAUGAAUCCAUGCAGCUUCUGGAAGGAGCUGUGUGCUCUUUCCUUUGGCGCCUUUUAGAAACAUAUUUAUACUAAUGUGGCCAUCUAGUGGAGGCUCUUGGAAGUGCAACCGUAGAGACAACCACAGAACAUCUAUUUGUAUAAGACAUAUCCUCCUGAGGAUGGGGGCUAGGUCCAGUCUAGAAAUGCUUCAUUGGAGUUCAGUUAAAGAGCUUGCAGGUGUCGGGUUGAUUCCAAGAGGAAGGUGCUGCUCAGCUUGGGGAGGUGAUGGAGAUACGGUAGAGGUUGGAUUGAUGAUGAAAAGGUACCGGCGCUUCCGUCUCCAGGAUGACGGGACACGGGGGUGGGUCGGCCUAGGUGUCGGCCUAGUAUUGAUCUAAUACACAGGUGCUACUUUUGAAAGGCCCGAGCCCCAGAGGUCUACAUCCUGAUAUCAACAUGGAGAAUACACGUAUUGUUUGGACACAGACCAAAAGACCACUCCUGGAUGAACAUUGUUUGGUUUGACCAGAUCAAUAAGAACAUCUCAUGGAUGGACUGGGACGCAUCCUUAGUGAUGUAUGCUGGGAACGUUGGGUGUUUUGGGUCUUGCGUCCCAGUAGCAGUUCACGGAUCAUCCCUCUUGUGGCCUUCAGUCGCGGAUUGGCUGGCUUCCCAAAGGUCUGGUGAAAAUUGGAACAUACAUAAACUGAAGCACUUUUUCCCAUUGGAAAAAUGAGAAUAAAUUCCGUACUUUCCAGACACCCCAAAAUAUGGAAACAGCCCGUUUGGGACAUGAUGAUAAUUGCCACAGUAACGAAAACGGGGGCUAAAUGGUAAAGCAAAUUGUCCAAAGCGCGGGGGGUUGGAAAGCCAAGGUUCGACUGUGUAUCAAUGUAUGUGCCGUGUACUUGCCGUGUACUUUGUGUCUUUUCAGCCUAUUUGCCAGCGCCAAUUCACCCCCCCACCAGAUCAAAGCAGCGCUUCCUUUCAACUGUCAGUCAUGCAUAGUGCUCCGAGGACCAACAUGGCCGUCAGACCUCCAGCAGCCCUCAAACAAGAAGCCCCCCUCCCUCCCGUCACAAGCCACCAAAUAUCUCCACUACUCCACCACAAUCCUUGUCAAACCCGCCAAAGAAAAAUCAAGUUCCAUUCUAGUGGUUUCUCUUUGCAGAUCAGUGGGUGGAUAGUGAUUGUCACUCACAGAGCUGGCCUUAAUCCUAUUGUUUCUCCACAGGAUUACUCUCUGUGCUGCUUCUCUCCCUGUGGCGCUGUGACGGAGAAAGGCCAGAUUAAGGAGAUUAGCAUGUAUCCUCCUUACUUGUCAAAGUGGGAUGUAAGGAACCAUUGACUUGGUUGGGGUCCUGAAUAAGGAGGUGCCUGAAAGAAGCACGGUGAACAAACACAAAUUCCUGAAAGGACAAUGCGAUUUGUUGUCUGAAAAGUUCAAAAGACAAGUCGUGAAGCAAGACAGUCAAAAAAAAAAAAGGUUCAAGAGAAGUUGCUAUUUAUUCAACGGAUGUUUUUAUUUGAAUGCAAACGGUAGCUCAAGCUUCAGAGUUUGUUGCUGGAUGUUCUUACCAUUGACGUGAUGGCUUAUAAAACUCUUUCAGACCGCCAUGAAUGCAUAGCCACCCACACUUUAUACUUUGGCGUCAUCUGGUGGUAGUAUUUAGAAUAACACACUUUCCCCGAGUGCUCCACUACAUGAGACAUAUAACAUACAGGUACUACCCCAAAAAUUAGAAUAAUUAUAAAUUAGAAAUAUAAUUAGAAAUAGUUAAUUAAAUUAAUUAAUUAAACGUUAAUUAAUUUAACAUAAAUGAUGAAACCAACCAAUUGUAUUGAUCCAUUCCAUGCACAUUGACUUAUCUCAAAUAGUUCCUUGUAACUUUAAGAUUAGAAUUUUCAGCUUAUUCAUUCAUUCAUUUUCUACCGCUUAUCCUCACAAGGGCCGCGGGGGUGCUGGAGCCUAUCCCAGCUGUCUUCAGGCGAGAGGCGGAGUCCACCCUGGACUGGUGGCCAGCCAAUCACAGGGCACAUAUACACUCUUAAAAAUGCUGGGUUAAAAACAACCCAAUCUGGGUUGUUUCCCAACCCAACACUGGUUAAAUAUAGGACCAACCUCGCGUUGGGUUAUUUUAACCCAACAAGUUGGGUUGGUUCUCUUAACCCAACAAUUGGGUUGUACAUUGGGUUGUUCAAAUGACCCAACGCUGGGUUCAUAUUUACUACACGGCUGGGUUAUUUCAACCCAGCAAGUUGGGUUGCCAAUAUACCAUAUAUAUUUAUAUAUAUUUUAAUUAUUUAUUUAUUUUUUUAUUGUAUGCUAAUACUAUUAAUAAUAUAUUACAAUGAUAAUGACACCAAUGUAACAAUAAAAUAUUUAUUAAAAUUCAACAUUUCCAGAACAUACAAAUAUAACAACUCACAACAUUUCCUUCACAUAUGAACAAAUUAUGUACAAAAAAAAUAACAUUUUAAGAACAAGUGAGGGGGACAGCUAUGAGAGAGUGAUAUAUACAUAGAACAAGAGGCUCUGUGAGCAGCAGCACAAAUGGGGAGGCGAUUCUGCCUGCUGCAAGUAUUCCACCAUGUUAGCUCCGACCUAUGAUGAGAAAAGAAAAAAAGGUAAGUAUUUUGUAAGUAUUUCUAGCAGUGCAGAGCAAUUGUCAUCAGCUCUCUACUGAAGCUAUUUCAAUAUACAUUCUACAGGGAGAAGUAUGACACCAUUAAAUUCAAUGGAGUGUUCAACAAUUUAUUCAGGGGGUUUGGCCAGUCUUAUGUUUGGUCUGUGGUUUAUACGUCACACAUCACUAUGGAGUAACAACUUACACCAAGUUACAACUUGUAAGACUAGUGCUUCAUGAAAUGAGAAACACAGCCAAAUGUUACGUUGUCACACAUUCCACGAAAUACAAUCUUUUCAAGUAGCUCCUCAUAAAAAGAGUCCUUCUUUAAAACUGUGUAAAAGAACAACUGGAGUCAUUUCACAAUUCAUUUACAUUUUAAUUUCUAUUGAAAGGUAAAUUACUUACGGGCUUAACAUCGAGGAAGGCUCUCUUCACCUCCUGAAUACUCGCCCGGACCAAUUUCCUGCCCUUUUUAAACACAGGCGGAGGGAGCAGGA